AUGUCAGUCAAGACCCGUAAGAUAGCAGUUGUUGGAUCGCGUGCAGUUGGGAAAUCAUCAAUGACAGUACGUUACGUUGAAGAUCAUUUUGUUGAAAGUUAUUACCCCACAAUCGAGAACCAAUUUAGUAAAAAUAUCACCUACAAGAAUCAAGAAUAUGCCAUUGAAGUAUUGGAUACAGCAGGUCAAGAUGAAUAUAGUAUGAUGAAUGAGAAACAUCUUGUGGGAAUCCAUGGAUAUUUACUUGUAUACUCAGUCACGUCUCGACAAUCAUUUGAAUUGAUUGAAUUUAUUAGAGAUAAGAUACUAAAUUCCAUUGGGAAUGAGAACAUACCCAUGAUUUUAAUUGGAAACAAGCGAGAUCUAACGCAUCAAAGACAAGUUGAAGAACAUGAAGGGGUUGAGCUUGCUCGGAAGUUUAAUUGUCGAUUUUUGGAGACUUCUGUGAAAGAAAAUUAUCAUAUAAACGAAGCUUUUGAAGGAUUGAUUGAUAGGAUUGAAAGGAUACAGAAUCCACCUAUUGUGAAGAAGGAGGACAAGUGUGUAAUUAUAUAG